AUGGUCCCAGAGGCCUGGAGGAGAGGACUGGUAAGAACUGGAAGAGUGCUGGGAGUUCUGCUUCUGCUGGGCGCUUUCAGCAAAGCUUCCACCGUCAUUCACUAUGAGAUCCCGGAGGAAAGAGAGAAGGGCUUCUCCGUGGGGAAUGUGGUCGCGGACCUUAAUUUGGACCUCGACAGCCUGUUGGCCCGCAGGCUCCGGGUGGUGUCCGGGGCCAGCCGGAGGUUCUUUGAGGUGAACUGGGAGACGGGCGAGAUGUUGGUGAGCGACCGCCUGGAUCGGGAAGAGCUGUGCGGGACGCUGCCUUCCUGCACGCUAACUCUGGAGUUGGUGGUGGAGAAGCCGCUGGAGCUGUUCAGUGCCGAGGUGGUGAUCCAGGACAUCAACGACAACAACCCCGCUUUCCCCACGAGGGAGAUGAAAUUGGAGAUUAGCGAGGCCAUGGCGCCUGGGACUCGCUUUCCGCUCGAAAGCGCGCACGAUCCCGACGUGGGCAGUAACUCUCUGCAAACCUAUGAACUGAGCCGAAACGAGUACUUUGCGCUUCGCGUGCAGACGCGGGAGGACGGCACCAAGUACGCGGAACUGGUCCUGGAGCGCGCCCUGGAUCGGGAGCGAGAGCCAAGUCUCCAGCUGGUGCUGACGGCCUUGGAUGGAGGGAGCCCCGCUCGCUCCGCCAGCCUCCCCAUUCUCAUCACAGUGCUGGAUGCCAACGACAAUGCGCCUUCCUUCAAUCAGUCCCUCUACCGGGCGCGGGUCCCGGAGGAUGCGCCCCCCGGUACUCGCGUGGUGCAAGUCCUGGCCACGGAUCUGGAUGAAGGCCCCAACGGUGACAUCAUUUACUCCUUCGGUAGCCACAAUCGUGCCGUCGUCCGGGAGCUGUUUGCUCUAGACAUGGUGACUGGGGUGCUGACAAUCAAGGGUCGCCUGGACUUCGAAGACACAAAACUGCAUGAGAUUUACAUCCAGGCCAAGGACCAAGGGGCCAACCCGGAAGGCGCACACUGCAAAGUGUUGGUGGAGGUGGUGGACGUGAACGACAAUGCCCCAGAGAUCACGGUCACGUCUGUGUACAGCCCUGUCCCCGAGGACGCACCCCUGGGGACCGUGAUUGCUUUGCUCAGCGUGACGGACCUGGAUGCUGGUGAUAACGGGCUGGUGAGUUGCGAGCUUCCGCCAGGGCUUCCCUUCAGCCUGACCUCGACAUUCAAGAAUUACUUCACCCUAAAAACCAGUGCAGGCCUGGACCGCGAGGCGGUGUCUGAGUACAACCUCAGUGUCACAGCACGCGACGCGGGUGUGCCCUCACUAUCCGCGGUGACCGCAGUGCGGGUCCAGGUGUCCGACGUCAACGACAAUCCCCCCCAGUCUUCGCAGUCUUCCUAUGAUGUUUAUGUGGAAGAGAACAACCCUCCGGGGCUUCCGAUCCUCAACCUGAGUGUCUGGGACCCCGAUGCCCCACCGAACGCACGACUGUCCUUCUUCCUCUUGGAGCAGCCUGGAGCAGACAGCGCCCUCGUGGGUCGCUAUUUCACCAUCAACAGGGACACAGGUGUCCUCUCAUCCCUGAUGCCCCUGGACUAUGAGGACCAGCGCGAGUUCGAAUUAACAGCUCACAUCAGCGACGGGGGCAGCCCAGUGCUGGCCACCAAUAUCAGCGUGAACAUAUAUGUCACGGACCGCAAUGACAACGUCCCCCAGGUCCUGUACCCCCGUCUGGGCCACAGUUCCAUGGAGAUGCUGCCUCGGGGAUCCCCAAUGGGCCAUGUGGUCUCACGGGUAGUGGGCUGGGACCCCGACGCGGGGCACAAUGCUUGGCUCUCCUACAGCCUACUGGAUGCCUCCAACCAGAGCCUCUUUGCGGUGGGGCUGCACACGGGCCAAAUCCGCACUGCCCGCCCGGUGCAGGACACAGAUUCCCCAAGGCAGAUUCUGACGGUCCUGAUCAAGGACAACGGGGAGCCGUCAUUGUCCACCACUGCCACGCUGACCGUGUCGGUAACUGAGGAGUCUCCUGAGGCCCACGCAGAGUUCCCCUCUGGCUCCGCCCCUCGGGAACAAAAUAAGAAUCUCACUUUCUAUCUCCUCCUCUCCCUAAUCCUGGUCUCAGUGGGGUUCGCAGUCACGGUGCUAGGCGUGAUCAUCUUCAAAAUUUACAAGUGGAAACAGUCUAGGGACCUCUACCGAGCCCCAGUGAGCUCCCUGUAUCGCACCCCAGCGACCUCCUUGCACGUAGAUGCGGUGCGCGGAGGCAUGAUGCCACCGCACCUGUAUCAUCAGAUGUACCUGACCACAGACUCGCGCCGCAGCGACCCGCUGCUGAAGAAACCUGGGGCGGCCAGCCCUCUGGCCAGUCGCCAGAACACGCUGCGGAGCUGUGAUCCUGCAUUCUAUAGGCAGGUGCUGGGUGCCGAGAGCGCCCCUCCCGGACAGGUAAGGGAUAGCAAGUCCUCUGGGAAGCCUGUUCAGUUAGACAAAUAA